UAUUAAUGCUACUCCUAGAUCCUAAUUACGAUACAACCCCGGGCAUCUUGGGGGUUAAUCUUAAGUUGCUUGCUUUGCAUCACCAGAUCGUUAGAAUCUUAAAUUAGAUUCCCACUGCUAAAACUUGACCUGGGUUUCCUCUCGUUUCUUUGAAUCCACUUCUUGAUCUUCCUUUCCUUCUACACUUCUUUUUACAGUUAAAACUUCACUGUCUUCCACCUCUUAACCGUCCAGAAGUGCGCAUUUCCAUCGUUCUUGGGCUCCCAGAUACUUUUCCCUAGUUUAUUUUACAUUGGUUUAGAUGAUUGCUGGGGUUGCAGGUACUGAUGUUAAAGACACAAAACAUUUAUGGCAAUAGCAAAGUUUGGUCGGCUGGCAAAACGGUCUUAUAAAUCAUAUGGGUUCUGUGUGAAGUUAACUGCAGUAGUAAUCUUGGGUCUUUGUUUUGUAUUUGUUUGGUCUGUUUUUUCACCCUCCAAAUUUUCUGUGACUUCCCAAAGAGAGACUUUUGAUGAUUUUGCUGAACCCGUAUCUGCAAAUGGAAGAGUUACUGAUUCUGGGGUUCAUUUCAACAAGAACGAACUCAAGAAUGGUAAAGAAAGUAGCUCAGAAAAGAAAGGUCAAAUCUUGGAAGAAAAAGACAAGAAAAGGGUUAAAGGUUCUCCACCGUUGAAAUCUGGGAAUAUGCAUAAAGAUCAGAAAAAUGUACCAAAAGGGAAGAAACAAGGGGAUAAAAGUCCGAGGCAUACCAAACAGGCUGGUGAGCAGAAAAUUCCAGAAAAGGAGAGAUCUGAGAGCGAUGAUUUGCAGGAAGAAAAGCAAGAUGAGGAUGUGAAUGGCAGUGAAGAAGACACAGAAAAUGGUGAGGCAAAUUUAAAUGAGGGGGAAGGGGUCCAAGGGGAUACUGAUUUAGCUAAUGCUUUGGAUUUGGACGAGGAAGGAGUGGAGAAAGUCGAAGAUGAUAGCGGAGAUUCAACAAAUUCGAAGAAGAAUAAGAAAAAAAAAUUGGGGCCAUUAUUCGAUCCCAAAGCACAUUAUUCUUGGAAAUUAUGUAGUACAAGAAGCAAGCAUAACUACAUUCCUUGUAUUGACAUUGAAAGUAGCAGUGGAAAACUGCAGAGCUAUAGGCAUCAUGAGAGAAGCUGCCCCAAAACAUCUGUUUUGUGUCUUGUCCCCCUUCCCCUUGACGGUUAUGGGACUCCAGUAAAAUGGCCUGAGAGUAAAGUAAAGAUAUUGUACAAGAAUGUAGCACAUCCAAAACUGUCUGCAUUUGUCAAGUCACAGAAUUGGGUAGUUGAAGCUGGAGAAUAUCUGGCUUUCCCGCAAAAUCAGUCAGCACUGAAGGGUGGAAUUCAACAUUAUUUGGAAUCCAUUGAAGAGAUGGUGCCAGACAUUGAAUGGGGAAAUAAUAUUCGUGUAGUGCUGGAUGUUGGAUGCACAGAUUCAAGCUUUGUGGCUUCUCUACUUGAGAAGAAUGUGUUGGCACUUACUCUAGGUUUGAAAGAUGACUUAGUGGACCUAGCACAGCUUGCCCUUGAGCGUGGUUUUCCAGCAGUAGUUAGCCCAUUGGCAACACGGCGUCUUCCCUUUCCUAGUGGUGUUUUUGAUGCACUUCAUUGCAGCGAAUGCAGCAUAUCAUGGCAUUCUAAUGGGGGCAGGCUUCUUCUGGAGAUGAAUAGGAUUUUGAGGCCUGGAGGAUACUUCAUCUUGUCAAGCAAACAUGACAGCAUUGAAAUUGAAGAAGCCAUGUCCAAACUUACAGCCUCUAUUUGUUGGAAUAUCCUGGCUGAUAAAAGUGAUGAAGUCAGUGACAUUGAUGUUAAGAUAUAUCAAAAGCCAGAAUCAAAUGACAUAUAUGAAUUGAGAAGGAAAAAGGUUCCACCUCUAUGCAAGGAAAAUGAGAAUCCAGAUACUGCCUGGUAUGCUUCAAUAAAGAAUUGCUUGCACUCCAUUCCAUCUUCCAUAGAAGAACGUGGGACCGAGUGGCCAGAGGGUUGGCCAAAGAGGCUUGAAACAUUUCCGGACUGGAUAAACAAUCGAGAGAAAUUGAUUGCUGAAAGUGAGCACUGGAAAGCAAUUGUAAACAACUCCUAUCUAACCGGAAUGGGCAUCGACUGGUCCAGCAUCCGGAAUGUAAUGGACAUGAAAGCCAUAAAUGGAGGGUUUGCAGCUGCUCUUUCACAACAGAAGGUGUGGGUGAUGAAUGUAGUCCCUGUACAUGCACCUGACACACUUCCCAUAAUCUAUGAGCGUGGCCUUAUCGGCAUAUAUCAUGACUGGUGCGAGUCUUUUGGAAGCUAUCCAAGAUCAUAUGAUCUCCUGCAUGCUGAUCAUCUCUUCUCAAGACUUAAAAACAGGUGUAAGCAUCCUGUAGUAAUUGUUGUUGAGAUGGACCGCAUACUACGGCCUGGUGGUUGGGCGAUCAUACGCGAUAAGGUAGAAAUUCUUGAUCCACUUGAGGGAAUAUUGAGGAGCUUGCACUGGGAGAUUCGUUUGACAUUUGGCAAGGAUAGGGAGGGUAUUCUAUGUGCACAGAAGACCGGGUGGCGACCAUGAAGGUAUUAUUGGUUGUAUUGACUAUAUUGUCAGUUUUGGACUGCUAUCCUCCCCCUCCAAGCUUGGUAGCUGAGAAUUGCUUGAUGAAGACUGGUAUGAAAAGAAAGGCUGUUAUCUCAGCGAAUUCUGUUGAAGAUGUACAUACCUUGUCUUUUCAUCAUCCAGCUGCAAACAGAAUCAAUGUUCACUUUCAUCCACCCACCCCAAACCCGCCUAUAGGGACGGGGUGUAAAAAUAUUGUGCAAAGGAUACUUUCAAUAGAAUGUUUUCUGGUUGUGGUGUUGAUUUCUAUUGGGGUACAGUGUUGUGACAUCUAAUGAAAAAGAAAGAUGGUUUGUACAGUGUCUACAUUCAGCAUGCGGGGCUGUAUUCAUGAGAUGUUUUGACUCGACUCUGUUCAUUGAGAUGUACUGCAACAAUACACAUCAGUUUAUAUGAAAAAUUUUCUUUUCACGUUUCAAAUU